CCUAAACAGAGGAUAGGAAAUGCUGGUCACAAGAAAGAGCUUUAUCUUCAACAGCCCGACUUCUUAUCCGUCUGUGAGGAGAAAUGGCAGAAAAUUUGGAAUCUCAAUGGCCAAGAAGAGAGAUUUGUCUGAUAAAUCGAGGACCCAGCAAGAAACGACCAUUUUCCCACUGAAAAUCUCCAACCCAAUUCUUGCUCGCUCUGUUGUGGCCGUGCUUGGGCUGGGAUUCAUCGAUGCUGGGUACAGUGGAGACUGGUCAAGGAUUGGAGUGAUAUCAAAGGAAACUGAGGACUUGCUAAAGCUUGCAGCUUUUGUACUUGUUCCUUUCUGUAUCUUUCUCAUCUUUUCUUUAUCCAGGGAACCAGAAGCUUGAUUUUUUUUUUUUUUUUUGAUUUGUUUAAUUUUGAAUGUGAAAAGCAAAUGAUUUCGUGGGUGUCAA